AAUAAUAUUAUUAAUAAUUAUUAUAAUCAUAUAAUUAUAAUUAUUAUUCAUUUAUACAAUUGUUUCUUCACUACUUUUGCUAUAAUACGCAAGGUCUUCUGUUGCCUUCUUGUUUGGCUCUGCAACUGUUUUUUUAUUAUAAGUAUACAGGGAGAGAGAGAAAGAAAUUAGCUUUGUUUUAGAGAUUCCUUUAAUGGUAGAUCCGACCUUUCAGUAGCUUCAAUCUACCAUAAUCUCUUUUUCUCUCUUUAUUUUUUACUUGUUUGCUUUCUUCGAAUCUAAUCUUCCAUUUAUGCGACGGUGACGAAAUGAUGAAAAUGAAAUUUUCGUGAAUUGAUUACUAGUUAGUUAUUGUUUUAUAGAGUUUUGAAAGUUUCUGUGAUUGAGAUAAUGAUAAUGGAGUCGAUGAGGAAAAAGGAAUCUCCGAGCUCUGUCGUGUCAACUCAGUUCCCAGACGAGGUACUCGAGCGAGUGUUCGCUCUCUUAACUUCACACAAAGAUCGAAGCUCAGUCUCUUUGGUUUGUAAAGACUGGUACAACGCGGAACGCUGGUCCAGGACUCAUGUGUUUAUCGGUAACUGUUACUCGGUUUCGCCGGAAAUUCUGGCUCGCCGGUUCCCUAACAUUCGCAGCGUCACUCUGAAAGGAAAGCCGAGAUUCUCGGAUUUCAAUUUGGUGCCACAAAAUUGGGGAGCUGAUAUUCACGCCUGGCUCGUUGCUUUUGCUGAUAAAUAUCCAUUCCUUGAGGAACUGAGGUUGAAAAGAAUGACCGUUAGUGAUGAGAGUUUGGAGUACGUGGCCGCUAAUUUCCAGAAUUUUAAAGUGCUUUCUCUUCUGAGUUGUGAUGGUUUCAGCACUGAUGGUCUUGCUGCAAUUGCUACACAUUGCAAGAAUUUGACUGAGCUUGACAUCCAGGAGAAUGGUGUCGAAGAUAAAAGUGGAAGUUGGUUGAGCUGCUUCCCUGAAAGCUUUACAUCUUUGGAAGUACUGAACUUCGCCAACAUGAGUGCCGAAGUCAAUUUUGAUGCACUUGAGAGACUUGUCAGUAGGUGCAAAUCAUUGAAGGCGUUGAAGGUUAACAAAAGUAUUUCUUUGGAACAAUUACAAAGGCUACUUGUUUGUGCUCCUCAGUUAGUGGAACUUGGCACUGGUUCCUUUUCACAAGAUCUCACUACCAGGCAUUACGCAGAGCUAGAAAAUGCGUUCAACAAUUGCAAGAAUAUACAGACCUUGUCUGGUUUAUGGGAAGCAACUGCUUUAUAUCUCCCAGUUCUAUACCCUGCCAGUGCAAACUUGACAUUCUUGAAUUUAAGCUAUGCUGCUUUGCAAAGUGGUGACCUUGCCAAGCUGCUUGUGCAUUGUCCAAGUCUUUGGCGCCUUUGGGUCCUGGACACGGUGGAAGACAAAGGGCUUGAGGCUGUUGGUUCCUAUUGUCCAUUGCUAGAGGAACUCCGUGUUUUCCCUGCCGAUCCCUUUGAUGAGGAAAUUAUCCAUGGGGUCACUGAAGAAGGGUUUGUUGCUGUGUCUUUUGGCUGUCGGAGACUGCACUAUGUCCUUUACUUUUGCAGGCAAAUGACUAAUGCUGCUGUAGCAACCAUUGUACAGAAUUGCCCUGAUUUCACCCACUUCCGGCUUUGCAUAAUGAAUCCUGGACAACCAGAUUAUGUGACAAACGACCCCAUGGAUGAGGCUUUUGGUGCUGUAGUGAAGACUUGCACUAAGCUCCGAAGACUUUCAGUUUCAGGUCUAUUAACUGACUUGACAUUUGAGUACAUUGGGACAUAUGCCAAAAAUUUGGAAACCCUUUCAGUAGCUUUUGCAGGCAGCAGUGACUGGGGGAUGCAGUGUGUACUUGGAGGUUGUCCAAAGUUGAGAAAACUUGAGAUAAGGGAUUGCCCAUUUGGAAAUAAGGCUCUGCUCUCAGGUUUGGAGAAAUAUGAAUCCAUGAGAUCACUUUGGAUGUCAGCUUGCAACGUGACAAUGAAUGGUUGUAGGCUAUUGGCAAGGGAGAUGCCUAGGUUGAAUGUGGAGGUGAUGAAGGAAGAUGGAAGUGAUGACAGUCAGGCUGAUAAGGUUUAUGUUUACCGCUCUGUUGCCGGGCCAAGAAGGGAUGCCCCGCCUUCUGUACUCACUCUCUAAUUUUCAAAGCUACUUGGUAAUCUCUCUCUCUUUCACGCACACAAACACAUAGAUACAGGCCCACAAUGGUGGUAAGAUCCCAACUGGAUAUUUUAGCAGUCCUGCUAAUGAAAUCCUGUAUCUUCAUAGUUGAGGCAAAGCUGUCCACUUGGCAUCAAUUUAUAAAUUCUUUAUGGACCUCGGUAUAUAUAUCCAGUGUGGCCAGUAUUCUCUGUAUGUAUGAUUGAGCAUGGAAGUAUUUGAAUAAUGGCUUAUGGUAGUUCAUUAUUUUGUCAGUCUUCUUUCUGUUCCUACUGAUGGUGAUGAUAUUUUGAAAUACAUAUUUGGGUACGUUUUAUUAGAAUUUGAUGUAAAUAUGCUUGAGUUGGCUUCAUGCUUCAUGUAUCUGUGAUAUAUUAUGCCCAUCACUGAUUUCGAAUUACAUACUUUAAGAUUUCAGGGUUACCUGGAGUUCAAAAUAUCCAUACAACUGAAAUGAUAUGUGUGAUUGGAAAA